AUGGGUGUCAUAAAAUCUGUAUUUUGCAUUGUUUUGGUUCUCAAUAUUGUAGAAGCUAUCAGCAUUGAAGAAAGCAAGGAAACAAAAGAGUUUAUUACCAAAUUAUUUGAUCCUGCGUCUGGAUUAUUGGAUGAUGACACGGCAGAGAUUCUAUGGGUCACUUGCAUGGAAGAUUUGAUUCAUGUAAGGAAAGACAUCGGAGAUCUUGGCUUAUGCCUACCAAGGGAAUCACAUAGUAGAGCCAAUGAAGUUACCUCAGAAUUCAGAUCAAUUACAAGAGAAAACAUCCAAAUUUUGAUUAGUACUUGCAAUCCACAGUUGAAGGAAAACUUUCUUAACUGUUUGAGAAAAAACAGCGUUCCAUUACAAGAUCAAUCCAAGAGUUGGAACACUGCUUACGAGGGAUCAGGUUCAUCCAAAAGAUAUCCGCGUCGAAUUUCGCCUCGAUACUUAGCAGAAAAACAAGACGAAGAUGGUGCCAAUAAUGGAUCUUCUAAAAAAGAUAAAAGUGAUAGUGAUUCUGAUAAAUCAUCGAAGAAGAAGUCGUCGAAGUCUUCUGACUCUAAAAGUAAACAACACGAGAAAGCGAUUUAUAAUGCCAUAGCUAUGAUUGCAAUGGUGACAUUUGUAUUUGCAGUAUGUAUCUUUUUAUGUUGUUGUAGGUGUUGUGGAAGUGGUAGAGUUAAUCAAACCGAUGAAAGGCCACUUCUCAGCAUGAGCAGGAGUGAUUACUCUGUUGAUUCUUCUUCAAAUAAUAACUCCUCAAAAAUUUCAAUAAAUGAGGAGAGACAUGGAAUUCAAUCAAUAAGUAGUAUUUUGGCUGACGAGAAAAAGAACUCGAUAAAAGAAGAUGCUGCAAGACCAUCAUUUGACCUUAAACCUCCACCUGGUAGGGUAGAAAGUGCUAUUCCACCUUUGAAACCUCCACCUGGUAGGGUAGGAAGUGCUAUUCCACCUUUGAAACCUCCUCCAGGAAGACCUGAUCCUCUUCCACCCGAACCACCAUUAGUUAAGACUUUUGAUUAUGCCGUUAAUCCACCGCCACCACCUCCUCCCCCUAGACUUCAAACGCCUAGCAGUGGUGCUGUUCUUCCUCCCGGACUACCGAGGCCUGGCGGUGGUGGCUCUCCUCCACCUCCACCGCCGAAACUUGGCAAUAGUGGUCCUAACCCUCCUCCUCCACCGCCGAAACUUGGCAAUAGUGGUCCUAACCCUCCUCCUCCACCACCACCACGUGGAAAACCAGGCGGUCCUCGACCGCCACCGCCUCCUAAGAGUGGUGGAGGUCCUCCAAGACCUCCACCUGCAUUUGGUCAAAAAGGUACUAGACCUUUACAUGGUGGACCAAAGGUUCAAGGGAACGUUGAAUUUAGUUCAGAAGGUGAAGGUGAAUCUGAUGAUGCUCCUAAAACCAAGUUAAAGCCUUUUUUCUGGGAUAAGGUUCAAGCCAACUCAGAUCAAACUAUGGUUUGGACUCAACUCAAAGCAGGAUCAUUCCAGUUUAAUGAAGAAAUGAUGGAAACCCUUUUUGGAUAUAGUACUCCAUCAAUGGAGAAAAAAGGUGGACAGAAGAAAGAUCCUUCCUUCCGUGAUGCUCCACCUCAGUUUGUUCAAAUCAUUGAGGCAAAGAAAGCACAAAAUUUAUCAAUUUUGUUGAAAGCAUUAAAUGUGACACUAGAAGAAGUCCGUGAUGCACUACUUGAAGGAAAUGAGCUCCCAGCAGAAUUUCUUCACACACUGAUAAAAAUGGCACCAACAUCAGAGGAAGAACUUAAGCUUAGACUUUUCAGUGGUAGUAUUUCUCAACUUUGUCCUGCAGAUCGGUUCCUUAAAGCCCUGGUUGAGAUUCCCUUUGCUAUUAAACGAAUGGAAACAUUGCUUUACAUGAGUACUCUUCAAGAGGAACUCACAUCUACCCGAGAUUCGUUCUCAAUUUUAGAGGUUGCUUGUAAGGAACUAAGGAGCAGUAGGUUAUUCCUCAAGCUUCUUGAAGCUGUUCUUAAAACAGGAAACCGAAUGAACGAUGGAACAUUCCGCGGGGGUGCACUUGCAUUCAAACUUGACACGCUACUAAAAUUAUCUGAUGUAAAAGGAGUAGAUGGGAAAAUCACCCUCUUACACUUUGUUGUUCAAGAGAUAAUGCGAACAGAAGGAAUAAGAGCGGCUCGAAUGGUGAAAGAGAGCAGCAGUUUCUCUAGUAUAAAAACCGAUGACCUUCUCGAAGAGGUUAAUCAUGAAUCAGAAGAACACUACCGUGAAGUAGGUCUCCAAGUUGUUUCACAUUUGAGCAACGAUCUUGAGAAUGUGAAGAAAGCGGCAGCACUAGAUGCGGAUGGCUUGACGAGCACAACAGCUAGGUUAGGCUACGGUCUUAUAAAUACGAGAGAUUUCUUUAACAAAGAACUGGUGAACAACUUAGAGAACGAUAAAGGGUUCCAUGAGACAGUUAAGAGGUUUGUGGAGAAAGCUGAAGUUGAAGUCACAGGUUUGUUAGAAGAGGAGAAGAAAAUCAUGGCUCUUGUGAAGAGUACGGGUGAUUACUUUCAUGGGAGUACGGGGAGAGAUGAAGGGCUGAGAUUGUUUGUAAUAGUACGCGAUUUCUUAAUAAUGUUGGAUAAGGUAUGCAGAGAGAUUCAAAAAGCACCCAAGAAGCCAAUAAAGAAUGUGAAACAAGAUAAAACUAAUGCUAAUGCUAAUUCUAAACCGGCAACGCCGGAAACGCGUCCUCCACCUCCAGAUAUUCGUCAGCGGUUGUUUCCGGCUGUGGUAGAGAGGAGAGUGAGGGAUGAUUUUAGUUCAGAUGAAGACAGUCCAUAGGUUCAACUCAAGUUGCGACAAUUUUUGCUUCUUUUUUAUUUUUCUGUUGUCAUGUCAUUACUUACUAUAUAGAAUUGUUAGAGACAUGACGAAUUGAUUGCUUACUUGCCUUCGAACGUAUGAUCACUCUAUUACCUCUUGAUAAGAUCAUUCGGCAGAGCUUGAAAACCGCCGAAGACAUUUCCACAGCAUACUUCGAAGGCAAAAAACUUCUCUCUAUUAUGCCAUUGGCAUUAAUUAGAGAAUCUCUUGCAAGUGCAUUGAUGUUCAUCGUGUCGCGAUAAUGAGGAGCUAAAAGUUUAUUAA